UGAUUACCCCUCCAGCGGCUGGGAACGAGAGAGAAGGAGGAGGAGGCGAGAAACUCCCACCGACCCACAGAGGGAGCAUGACUUCGGCAACUUCACCUAUCAUUUUAAAAUGGGACCCCAAAAGCUUGGAAAUCCGGACACUAACAGUGGAGAGACUUUUGGAGCCACUUGUUACACAGGUGACGACACUUGUCAACACCAGCAACAAAGGCCCAUCUGGUAAAAAGAAAGGGAGGUCAAAGAAGGCCCAUGUCCUGGCAGCAUCUGUAGAGCAAGCCACUCAGAACUUCCUGGAUAAGGGAGAACAGAUCGCUAAAGAGAGUCAAGAUCUCAAAGAAGAAUUGGUCGCUGCGGUAGAGGAUGUACGCAAACAAGGUGAGACAAUGCGCAUCGCCUCUUCAGAGUUUGCUGAUGACCCCUGCUCAUCAGUGAAGCGUGGCACCAUGGUGCGGGCCGCGAGGGCUUUGCUCUCAGCUGUAACGCGCUUACUCAUCCUGGCGGACAUGGCGGAUGUCAUGAGACUUUUAUCUCAUCUGAAAAUUGUGGAAGAGGCCCUGGAAGCUGUCAAAAAUGCUACAAAUGAGCAAGACCUUGCAAAUCGCUUUAAAGAGUUUGGGAAAGAAAUGGUGAAACUUAACUAUGUAGCAGCAAGAAGACAACAGGAGCUGAAGGACCCUCACUGUCGGGAUGAGAUGGCAGCUGCCCGAGGGGCUCUGAAGAAAAAUGCCACGAUGCUGUACACAGCCUCCCAAGCAUUUCUCCGCCACCCGGAUGUUGCUGCCACGAGAGCCAAUCGAGAUUAUGUAUUUAAACAAGUCCAGGAGGCCAUUGCUGGCAUCUCCAAUGCUGCUCAAGCUACCUCGCCCACUGAUGAAGCCAAAGGCCACACAGGCAUCGGCGAGCUGGCUGCAGCUCUGAAUGAGUUUGAUAAUAAGAUAAUCCUGGACCCCAUGACGUUCAGCGAGGCCCGCUUCCGGCCGUCGCUGGAGGAGAGGCUGGAGAGCAUCAUCAGCGGGGCGGCGCUCAUGGCCGACUCGUCCUGCACCCGCGACGACCGGCGCGAGAGGAUCGUGGCCGAGUGCAACGCCGUGCGCCAGGCGCUGCAGGACCUGCUCAGCGAGUACAUGAACAACACUGGAAGAAAAGAAAAAGGAGAUCCUCUAAACAUUGCAAUUGAUAAGAUGACCAAGAAAACAAGAGACCUAAGGAGACAGCUUCGGAAAGCAGUGAUGGAUCACAUAUCUGAUUCUUUCUUGGAAACCAAUGUCCCCUUGCUAGUUCUCAUUGAGGCUGCAAAGAGUGGGAAUGAAAAGGAAGUGAAGGAAUAUGCCCAGGUUUUCCGUGAGCAUGCCAACAAACUGGUGGAGGUUGCCAACUUGGCCUGUUCCAUUUCCAACAAUGAGGAGGGGGUGAAAUUAGUCCGGAUGGCAGCCACCCAGAUUGACAGCCUGUGUCCCCAGGUCAUCAAUGCUGCUCUCACACUGGCUGCCCGACCACAGAGCAAAGUUGCUCAGGACAACAUGGAUGUCUUCAAAGACCAGUGGGAGAAGCAGGUCCGAGUGCUGACAGAGGCUGUGGAUGACAUCACCUCAGUGGAUGACUUCCUUUCUGUCUCAGAAAAUCACAUCUUGGAGGAUGUGAACAAGUGCGUGAUAGCCCUCCAAGAAGGGGAUGUGGACACCCUGGACCGGACUGCAGGGGCCAUCAGGGGCCGGGCAGCUCGAGUGAUACACAUCAUCAAUGCUGAGAUGGAGAACUAUGAAGCUGGUGUUUAUACAGAGAAGGUUCUGGAAGCUACAAAAUUGCUUUCUGAGACAGUGAUGCCACGCUUUGCCGAGCAAGUAGAGGUUGCCAUUGAAGCCCUGAGUGCCAAUGUCCCUCAACCAUUUGAAGAGAAUGAGUUCAUUGAUGCCUCUCGCCUGGUAUAUGAUGGUGUUCGAGACAUCAGAAAAGCUGUGCUGAUGAUCAGGACUCCAGAAGAACUAGAGGACGAUUCUGACUUUGAACAGGAAGAUUAUGAUGUGCGCAGCCGGACAAGUGUUCAGACUGAGGACGACCAGCUAAUUGCAGGGCAGAGUGCACGGGCCAUCAUGGCACAACUACCGCAGGAGGAGAAGGCAAAAAUAGCUGAGCAGGUGGAGAUAUUCCACCAAGAAAAAAGCAAGCUGGAUGCUGAAGUGGCCAAAUGGGAUGACAGCGGCAAUGAUAUAAUUGUGCUGGCCAAGCAGAUGUGUAUGAUCAUGAUGGAAAUGACAGACUUCACAAGAGGCAAAGGGCCAUUGAAAAAUACAUCUGAUGUUAUUAAUGCUGCCAAGAAAAUUGCCGAAGCAGGUUCUCGAAUGGACAAAUUAGCCCGUGCUGUGGCUGAUCAGUGUCCUGAUUCAGCAUGUAAGCAGGAUUUAUUAGCCUAUCUUCAACGAAUUGCCUUGUAUUGCCAUCAGCUUAAUAUCUGCAGCAAGGUGAAGGCAGAAGUACAGAAUCUGGGAGGAGAGCUCAUUGUGUCAGGGACAGGAGUUCAGAGCACUUUCACUACCUUUUAUGAGGUAGAUUGUGAUGUCAUAGAUGGGGGCAGGGCUAGUCAACUUUCUACCCACCUCCCAACCUGUGCUGAGGGAGCUCCGAUCGGGAGUGGAAGCAGUGAUUCCUCCAUGCUGGACAGUGCCACAUCACUUAUCCAGGCAGCUAAAAACCUGAUGAAUGCUGUUGUCCUCACGGUGAAAGCAUCCUAUGUGGCCUCAACCAAAUACCAGAAGGUGUAUGGGACAGCAGCUGUCAACUCACCAGUUGUGUCUUGGAAGAUGAAGGCUCCAGAGAAGAAGCCCCUUGUGAAGAGAGAAAAGCCUGAAGAAUUCCAGACACGAGUUAGACGAGGUUCCCAGAAGAAACACAUUUCGCCUGUACAGGCUUUAAGUGAAUUCAAAGCAAUGGAUUCAUUCUAGGACGAUAGGCUUUAAUAAGAAAACUUUUUUUUUCCUUUUCCGUUUCUUUUUAAUUCCAUUUUUGUAUGCAUACCUGCCGACUCGUAUGCCUCUGGCAUGGGGAAAUUAAGGGAGCAGUGUCUGUAUGCAUGUAAGAUGAGAUGUGAUCAAUACUACUGAUUCAUCAGUAGCUGGAGAGGGAACAGGGAAUUCCUGUCCUGAGGUGGCACAGAACUGUCCUUUGUAACAUUCUCAUAAAAUUGGGCAAAGAGUUUAC